UCAAAUACUUUCUGAAGUUCAGCUUCAGGCAACAGAUAGAGAGUGGACCAAUGUCGGGGUGUCACGUUGUUACAAAUUAACUCUCGUACAUAAAAUGGCGUUUGUCAAAGGGAUUCACGACCUGUCGGAAAAUAAUUUUACGAGCUAAACCGCGUUUCUUUCUUACAGUAAAGGAAAAAAAGCUCCCUUGUAGCGGGACUCGACCGAGCGUCAUCAUGCCCGAGAUGUCCAAAAUGAAGAAGCCCGACGUCAAGGUAGUUCUCCUGGGAGACAUGAACGUGGGGAAGACGUCUCUGCUCCACAGGUACACGGAGAGGAAAUUCAAAGAAACCGUCAGCACCGUUGGAGGGGCGUUUUUCCUCAAACAAUGGGGACCUUACAAUAUCUCAAUUUGGGACACGGCUGGUCGUGAACAGUUCCACGGAUUGGGCUCAAUGUACUGUCGAGGUGCAGCUGCUGUCAUCCUCAUUUACGAUGUCACCAACUGGCAGAGCCUGGCAGAGCUGGAGGAGCGCUUCCUGUCACUGACUGAUACCGCUAACCAUGAUUGCAUUUACGCUGUAGUGGGAAACAAGGUGGAUCUGACAGACUCCAAAGCCCAGGUGUCCCCGGACUCUGAUGUGGCAUCUGAGGACCGAACUGAAUGUGAGGAGGAGAGGACAGAGCCACAGGUGCUGUCUGCUUGCCCCACCCCCCCAGCCUCCCCAGCGUCCCUCUCUGGGAUGAUGCUUCACAAACAGGUUUCCCCUGAGGAUGCAGUGGCCUUUUACGGGAGAAUACUGCGCUACAAGGGCCUAGACGAAAAGAGUAGCCUGCCUGCAGAGAAGAUGUGCUUCGAGACGAGUGCCAAGACAGGCUACAACGUGGACACUCUGUUCGAGGCGUUGUUUGAUCUAGUGCUGCCCUCCAUUCUGAGGAAGAGAAACGAGAACCAGGGGUCGCCUACAGUGGACCUGGAGGAGUGUAGGGGGGCUAGCAACAAGCGGACCAGAUCUUCCUGCUGUUAGGGUCUGGCAGAGGAAGGUAGAGAGGCUGCUGGACACAGAGGCUUGUUUUUAACUAAAGACAAUCAACAGGUUGGUCUGUGUACCAAAUACAUACUGUGAUGGUACUACUUAUUUGCCUUGAUGGAGACCCAAAAGUAUAAGUAAUGACCUCUGGGCAGCACAUAUUCUUGAUUCUGUGAAGAGAGGCAGAAAAAGCAACUAGCGUUCAUAGAGUGUUCAUAGUGUCCAAUGAUAUUUUCAGUAUUUCUUUCAUGGAAGGGAAAUAAAUGCAUGUUGCAUUAUCACUCUGUGCUUUGAAACCUUCCACCACAAUGUCUGAAAUUGCACUUGUAUCCCAAAGAUGUGUCUGUGGACAAAUAAUACACAUAAGAAGUCAAUCACUGCUAUUUGUUAAUGUUUUGGAAUGUGAAUUUCACAAAUUUUACAGCACUAAUUGUUAAGUUGGUGGCACGUUGCACUGUGUAUAUUGUAGUGGUAUUUUACGAUUUUCCUAAGUCACACUUUUUGUUUUAUUUUAUGCUCUGUUAAAAACAUUAUGUAUCUUUUACUGGCACAUUUGGAACCUUUCAAUGAGUGUAAAUAGUAAAAGCUCCUGUUGAAUUUUUAAGUACACUGUCAUAAUAAAGAUUUCUAUUUUAC